AUCUCUAAUUUAAUCACAUAAUUAGUUUAUCUCUCCUCAAGCUGGUGCAUCUCUCUCUACAACUAGAAAGUAGCUAGCUAGCUAGUAUUAAUUUGUAUUGCAUCCCUUGGCAUAAGGGUGAGAAGCUAGGCUCCAAGUUCAUUUGAGAGCAAAGGGAAAGUGAGGCCUCCAUCAGCUAGCUAGCUCUCCUCCUCUUCUCCUUGUCUCUUCUCCUUCGAGUUUGCUCCCCUACAGGAGAGAAAAGGAUUCAUCACAUCUCAUCUCACAACCCCUUUCAUCGAUCUCUCCUAGAUUAUCUCUCUCUCCAAUUUGCUCCAAUCUUUAAUUUCCUGCCUUUGAAGCUAUAGCUACAGCCAUGGAGGAUGUCUGUCUCAUCCAUGGCGUGUAGCUAGCUAGUUUCUUUCUUUGCACUUCUUGAGUUCUUGUUAAUUACUAAAGGAUUGCGGCCAUGGAUGGAGAUGGUGGAGCUCGUCGUGGUGUAAUCGGAUGAGUGCGUGAGAGACAUGAGACGUGCAUCUAGCUGCAGGAUCGAGGUCAGCAGCAGCAGCAGGUUGUCGUUGUCGUCGUCGUCGCCGCCGCCGCCGCCGCCGCCAUGGUGCCAGCUAGGAGCCGCCUGUUCCACCAUGACAGCAGCAGCAGCAGCAAGAGGGGCGGCGGCAACUCGUCGUCGUCCUGUACUCCCCAAUACUGCAUCGCCACCCAGCUCGACGCCGCCGCCGCCGCCGCGCCGGCGCGUAGACGUCACCACCACCACCACCAGCUAGCCAUGGCGCCGCCCGAAGACGACGCGGCCGCCGGCACGAGCUCUCGUGGCGGCGGUGCAGGAGACGACGACGACGGCGACAAGGACUGGCUCCAGCUCGGCCUCGCCGCCGCGGCGCCGACCGCCACCGCUCCGGCGGCGGCGGCGGCGCCGUCGUCGUCUACGCCCACGGCGCCGGAGCUGGACGUGUUCGCCGCCAAGCAGUACAACGGGAGGCCGCCGCUGUUCCCGCUGCCGAUCUUGAGGAGCUACCACCACCACCACCACCACCAGUACGGCCACGGCGGCGGCCGGUGUCCGCCGCCGUCGUUCUUCCCGUUCGCGCGGCCGUUGAGGAGCUCCGGCGAUCUCCCCGGCGUGAUGAGGGUCAUCAGCCCGCCGCGAAGAGCGGCGGCUGCUGAUGCUGCCGGCUUGUGGCUGACACUUCAGGCAUCCCCUGAUCAAUUUCGAGAGCCCAUUUUGCCCCAGAUACCAAAGAGCUACCUUAGAAUCAAGGAUAGCAACAUGAAGGUGGAAGUGGUGAUGAAGUACUUGGCCGGCAAGCUAGGACUCACACAAUCUCAUCUUCAGGUGGAACUGACAUGCAGAGGGCAGCUUCUUCCUCCCUUCUUGCUGGUCAAAAAUGUCAGAGACAGCAUCUGGUGCUCAUCACUGCGACCAAGCUGCAGGGAAGACGACGACGGCGACGGCGAGGAUGAUCUUGUUGAGCUGCACCGGCGAUCGCCGGCGGCGGCGGCUACUACUGACCACGUCAUGGCACUCGUUUACAGCACAAGUAGUUCCUGCCAUUAAUUAGCUAAUAAUAAUGUCCAUCCAUCGAUCUGUAAUUAAUCAACGAGUUCUUUCAUUAUUUCGUCCGACCCCCAGCUGAUCUGCAUGCUGCUCUGGUUAAUUAACUGGUGGCUUAGUCGUCACAGGAUUAACCAACCAACCAAUGGACACAUUUGUUUUUCUUUUUGUUCGAUCUAAUUCCAUGUUGAUUUGUUUGAAAGAAAAGCUUGGUCCUUUUGAUGGGGAUGUUCCUUUUACCACAAUUCCAUCAUCCACACAAAAACAUUUAACCUGGGCUAGCUACUAGCUGCCGAGUACUGAGGCAGUUCAGCAGCUUGAGAUCUCAUCAGUAUCACCAUUUCUUGUGAAAAGCAUCAGCAUUUGUUCAGCCAUCUGCUUCUACUGUCAGUUAAUUUUUCUAGCUGCAUAUACACCAGGAAUUAGUACUACUUCACAUCUGUAAUGAAUCAGCACGCGUGCAUACAAAUAUGGGUCACGUUAUGUACACAUCGAAUCGAUGCUUCAAAGAAUUUGUCAGUUGAUGCAUGUCAGGUGUCACAUACAAUUCCACUCAAGUUGCAUUCCAUAAAGGCAAAUGCAAGGACCAGAUGAGGUCACUGUAUGUAGUGCUACACAAAUCACAAAAUGCUUGCACAGAGCUAUCACAAGUAACACCCAUCAAUGCGUUGGGCUGUUGGCAUCAAUGUAAACUAGAACAAGAAUUACAGGAACUUUCCCUAAAUGUCUGAAUCCUCAGACCAAAACUAGUGCCUACAGCCCUACACUCUGGGUAUAAAGAAUUUUCUCAUCCGCGCACAGACAAGCUAGCUCCAAGGUCUCAUCUUAGAACUGUGGUCUUGAU